GGGCUGUUCGACAGGCUGCCUCUCCAAGUUUUGCAGGGGUGGCUCAACCCCACAUCCAAGUCUUCCAUAGUUAAGUUUAGUAGGUUCUUUUAAUUUUUAAGUCGUUCGUUUCUAACAUUCAUGUUUCAUGUAAGUGUUAAAUAUUUGUGCCUCCUCUGUACCACCGAAUAUAUCCUAAGAGCAACGCAGUAUUCAAGUAUCCCGUGUGAAGUUUCAAAAAUCGUGCGAUAAAAUUGCAAGGGCGGACAUGAAGUAAUCGAUAAGCCUAAACUCGUAUUGGUGCUUUUUGUAGGGAGUCUUUUUUUAUAUAGAAAAAUGAGUUGUAAAUCAAAUAUCCCUACUAAAUCAACAUUUUCUCAUUGAGAGUGAUCUUUUUGUUUUUAUGUCAAUUGGUACGAAGUGGAUGCGCUAUGCAAGGAGGACUUGUUAGAUUCAUUGCCGAGAGGUGAUGGAAAACGGCAUGAUGUGUUUGGCAAGUUGAUACCUGAAAAAAGAUAUUAUUUUUGUCGUUCUAUUAUAGUUUCCGUUGCGGCACGAUGACGUAUUUCGGACGAUUUUAUAUACCCCCGAUAAGUGCAGCGGUGAAUGUGGCAUGGGCGACGAUAAAAGCGGUCAUUCCGGAGGACAGCCCUUGCGUCGAACUUAUCCAAAAAAUGACGGGUCAGCGGACAGGUGAGGAGGCCGGAGGUGCCCAAGGCAAACAAGAGCCCAAUGAGCACGUCAAUUUCGCCCAGUUCAAUGGCCCCAAGGCAACCGACAACACGGAAAUGGCCACCAUGUCUGGCUACGGCUCGGCCGAUCGAGGCGACGAAGAUGGUUUCGGAGGCAAGCAAGUCAAUUUUUCCAAAUCCAGGGCCACUACAUUCGAGAGUGGGUGCAGCUUUGAUGAGUUCGGGGAGAGGGGCAGGCACAAGAUCAACGAAUGGCAAGCAGCUUGGAAUGUGACCAAUGCAAUUCAGGGAAUGUUCAUCGUAUCCCUGCCAUUCAACGUGCUCCGAGGAGGUUACUGGGCAAUCGGAGCGAUGAUAGGAACCGCGUACAUCUGCUGCUACACAGGUAAGAUUCUGGUGGAGUGCUUGUACGAGCUGGACACGAUGACCGGGGAGCGAGUCCGCGUGCGUGACUCAUACGUGUCCAUCGCGCGGGAAUGUUUCGGACCCUUGUGGGGCGCCAGGAUCGUCAACAUGGCUCAGAUGAUCGAGCUUCUCAUGACGUGCAUCCUCUACGUCGUCGUCUGCGGUGACCUCCUCAUCGGAACCUUUCCCGAAGGCGUCAUCGACACCCGGAGUUGGAUGAUGCUCGUCGGUUGCUUCCUGGUCCCUUUGGGCUUCCUAAAAUCUCUCCACCACGUCUCGACUCUCAGCUUCUGGUGCACCAUGUCCCACAUCUUCAUCAACGUCAUCAUCCUAGGCUACUGUUUGCUCGAGCUCCCCAGCUGGGGCUGGAGCAAAGUCAAGUGGACUCUGGACUUGGAGAACUUCCCCAUCUCCCUGGGCGUCAUCGUCUUCAGUUACACCUCUCAGAUAUUCUUGCCCACCCUCGAGGGGAACCUCAUCGACCGCUCCAAGUUCGACUGGAUGCUCGACUGGUCGCACAUCGCCGCCGCCAUUUUCAAGUCCCUCUUCGGCUACAUCUGCUUCCUGACCUUCCAGAACGACACGCAGCAGGUCAUCACCAACAACCUCCACUCGCCCGCCUUCAAGGGGCUCGUCAAUUUUUUCCUCGUAAUCAAAGCAAUACUCUCUUAUCCUCUGCCCUACUACGCUGCCUGCGACCUCCUCGAGAAGUCCUUCUUCAAGGGUCGCCCGGAGACCCGGUUCCCGACGAUAUGGCACAUGGACGGCGAGCUCAAGGUCUGGGGUCUCGCCUUCCGAGUCGGCAUCAUCGUCGGCACCGUUCUCAUGGCCAUCCUCAUCCCGCAUUUCAUCAUUCUCAUGGGUUUCAUCGGGAAUUUCACAGGUACCAUGUUGUCUUUCAUCUGGCCGUGCUAUUUCCAUCUCAAGUUGAAGGGGGAUACACUCGAGAGAAAGACUGUCAUCUUCGACUGUUUUGUAAUAUGUUUGGGCUGCCUUUUCGGGAUCAUCGGGAUUUACGACUCCGGCUCGGCGAUGAUCAAGGCUUUUGAAAUAGGACUUCCAUUUUAGGAACCUGGGUGUAGGGUUGUGCCUGCUUAUGAAUUGAUGAUGUACCUACCUAUUUAUUUUUUCUGAGGUGAGGUUCAUUUUAAAAAAAAACUAUACAAAGCUAAAAAAAUAGACGCCCCCUCCCUCCACAGGACCGUCUCAUUCAUUGGGUAGAAAAACGAGUUGGAUACCAAAGAAUAUCUCAUGUGAGAAAAAAUGAUGGAUUACUUCCUCCUGAUCUCGAGAAAACGAUGUACACACAAAUUAUGUUGUCAAUAGGUACCUAAAAUGAAAAAGUUGGGAAGAACACUCCACAACUUGAAUACUUCAAUUGAGGUCGAAGACAAAUAGCAAUCAUUUAUAAAAUAAUACAGUGUAGUUGCGGUUAAUUUGAUGAUGAUUCAGGGCGAUUUUAUAAAAUUCACUCUCUUCCUUUAUUUAUAUAAUUACCUAGAAAAAAAAGAAGAAAAAAUGCAUGCCUAGUACUCAUAUUCCUAAAAUGAUAGGAUCACACGUAUUCAGAACCAAGGAACUUGAAUGUGAACUUUCACACGGAGGAACAACUUUGAUUAUUCUGCCGCGGAAUAAAAUUUUCCCGGAUAAAACAUGUAUUUUUGAGGAAAGUUACGUAUGCAAAUUUUUCCUUGAAAUUUUCAGAUA